UAUGCUCAUUUUCAUACUCAAUCCAACAAAAAAAAAACAUCUCAAUCCAAAAAUCUCAAAAUGUUCAUUAAAUUUGCAAUUCUAAUUGUACUUGUAUCCAUUAAAUUUGCACCAUUUGUAGGUGCAAUUGAUCAUGUAAGUACACCACAAGAACCGAUUCUUGAACUGUACAUGCACGAUAUCCUGGGUGGGAAUAAUCCAACAGCUCGACCAAUAACCGGUUUAUUAGGCAAUAUAUAUAGUGGACAAGUUCCAUUUGCUAGGCCACUUGGUUUUCAACCUCCAAAAGAUGGUGUGGCAAUUCCUAAUGCUAAUGGUGCAAUGCCAACAUUCAAUAUCAAUGGUGUUCCACUAGGUACAGGGCUAGCAGGCACAAUAUUUGCUGGAGUAAAUAAUAAUAACAAUAAUAAUAAUGGACAAACUGUGAAUACUCAAUUAGGCCCUGAUGGCUUAGGGCUUGGUUUCGGGACCAUCACGGUUAUCGAUGACUUCUUGACCUCGUCUCCUGAAUUAGGUACACAAAAUCUUGGAAAAGCACAAGGAGUAUAUGUUGCAAGUUCAGCAGAUGGAAGUACACAAAUGAUGGCAUUUACAGCUAUGUUUGAAGGAGGUGAAUAUGGAGAUAGUCUCAAUUUCUUUGGAGUUUUUAGAAUAGGAAGUACAAUGUCAAGAAUUUCAGUUACUGGAGGAACUGGUAAAUUCAAAAAUGCAUGUGGAUUCGCUGAGAUUCGUUCACUAAUACCAGCCGGUCAACAUAUUACUGAUGGCGCUGAGACGUUGUUGAGGAUUGUUGUUCAUCUUACUUAUUGAACGUCUUAAUGUAAUUCUCUUUGUGUUAAGAAAAUGUAACAGAUUGUGGAUUGUUUUUUGUGUGAUGACUAUGAAUAUCAGCUUUGAUUUGUGUUACA